CCCUCUUUGAUCUCUCGCCUCCUAUUAAAGAAAUCCCGCCCAUUGAUUGCCCCACGUCGCGCGCCACCGCCUACCAUACUCCAUGGGAAUCUAUCGAAUCAAUCUGUAUACCACGCCGAGCGGCAGCAUGCCCCCACGGCGGGAGGACUCCGGGGACUCGCUGGAUCCCCUGGACCAGGGGGAGCCGCCGUCUGAUAUGGAAGACGCUGGCGGUAUCGCUUCGGACGAGCUCGAUGUCGAUGAUGACCCCGGCACCGAUGAUGACCCCGGCACCGAUGAUGACCAUGAUGAGGAUGGCGACAAGCCCGCCCUCGAGGGCGAAAAUGGGGAGAAUCCGCACGGGCGGCCCUCCGCCCCGGUGGUCCUCCCCUCGCCAGAGGCACUUGCCGCCGGGACACCUGCCCAGGAGGGCACCGGGGCGCGUGUCACCGGUGGCGGUGGUCCGUCCGGCCCGGCGGGCCCGACCGGCGCCUGGCGCCCCGCCAAACCCAGGCCUGUUCCGGAUGCCAGGAAGUCCUCCCCGUCCCUCUAUGGCCACUUCUUCAACCGGCGAGAGGGGAACGCCUGGCGAGUGUUGCCGAUCGAUCUGAAUGGCGUCCUUCACUUGAUGAAUUCAUCGAACUUCCUCUACCGGGGCCAGACCCGGAGCAUCGGCUAUGACUCUCACCUGAUCAUCCCCUAUCUCGACGCGCUUGUGGAGUGGCUUGCGUAUAACAGGUGGUACCCGGUGUUCGUGAUGGACGGUCUGAAGCCCUCCGUCAAGGAAGUCACCGCGAAAGAACGCAAGGAGAACUCAAACCGGCGUCUGCAGGCGCGCCUUGCGGACUACCUGCAGAAGUGGCAGGACGGCGGCGAGGAUGGGGGCUUCACGGCGGCCGACCACUUUAGGGGGCAAAUUCACUCGGACCGAUGCGUGCCCUUCUGCUGCUCGGGCGCACUGUGCCCCACGCGCCGGAUGCCGAGGCACAAUGCGGACUGCUCCAGCACCGGGGGGUGCGAUGAGCUGUGCGGCAUUCGACAGGCGCUGGCGCGUCCGACAGACUCCCCGGCACUUUACUACCCCCGGCCCGGGCCCCUGAGUCAAUGCGUGGACUUCAUCAAUGUAUGGGCCCUGGCGCAGGUGCAUCUGGCGGCCUUGGCCCGGGAGCAGCCUCAGCGGCUGGCUUACAUUGGGUCGCUUUCGGAGGCGGACGAGGUGCUGUCCCUGCUCAGCCUUCACUUUAAGGUCCCGGUUCUCAGCCCGGACUUGGACUUCGCCGUAUCCGGGUAUGGGCAGAUGAAUGUCUUUUACCUGUUCCAGCAGCAAUUCCAGCUGAAGGAGGCCCAUGGGAAGGCGACAUUCGAAAGGGAUCCCGACGACCCGACGGGCUGGUCCAACAAGACACUCCUCCGGACCAGGCUCAAGAACCACCUCGAGGUGAAGUAUCCCAAUCAGCUGGCCUGGCUGCCGUUGAUUUUGGGCUGCGACUUCGGUCCGCCGGAUGGCCGGGUGUGGGACCUGGUGAAGGGGCUCUUCUUGGAGGAUGACCACCAGGUGCGGUUGCACUUCGAGCAGGCGGCCCGCUGCUUUCCCGCGCUGUUUGAUCCCUGGACCGAGGAGGGCAAGGACUUCGACACCAAUUGGCGGGAGAGGAUGCGGCCGUACCGCCUGUCGAUUGAAAAUCUGCGCUUCAUUUUGAAGCAUCUGCCGAACCCGACGCACCUGAUGGGCUUCAUGCACAAGCCCGUCCAGUCGGGUGGCAAGCUGGAUCCGAGCGUGUUCCAGGUGUUGAUGCGCAACCGGAGCCACAUGGACAGGCUCUCGAAUCGGCUGCAUCAGUGCAAUGGCCCCGGGGUGCUGAUGCUCCUUCGGGACUCGAUGCACUCGCGGCUGGGCCCGGAUGUGCCCUUCAGUGCCAACCGAAAUGGCAUCCUCCUGUGCCUGGGGCUCUACAAUGUGGGGGUCCACCAGAUGGGCACCUAUGCGCAGAAGAAUUAUCUGAACGCCCUGGAGGAGUAUCUGCGGAAGUGCCCGGUGGAUGGGGAUGCCCCGUGGUGCAUCAUGUCCGACGAGGCGCCGCCACCUGUCACUCGGCAUUGGGCCACCAAGCCGAGGGACCACGGCACACGGUCGAAGACGGGGUCUGGUCGGCUCCCGGACCAGGGCCAGGCCCUGCCCCAGGGCCAGCAUCCACCGAAAGCAUGCCACAUGCGGUGGCGAGCCAAUGCCGUGGCACGCCCGGAGGAGGGGCCGGAUUCGGCGGCCGGCCCGGGGCCCGCGCCAUCGGCUCGCUGCCAGUGCAUCCAUGCGCCGUACCUGGUGCAGCCACUGCUCCAGGGGUUUCCCCAUUUGCGGCUCUUUGUGCAGGCCUUUUACAUGGCCUUCCCCCGGGAGACCCCCAAGCAGAGCCCGGCCAUGCUGCCCAUCUUCAGGAGGAGCCUCAAUUCGCUGGGGGGCAAGCAGGAAACCAGCAUGCCGCCCCUGCCGCAGUAUGACAUCCUGAAGGGCGGCGGCACGGUCUGGGACUGGACUCGCCAGGCGCGCCUGCUUCUUUACUUCCUGCUGUCACGCGGCCCGGAGGGGGUGUACAAUGGGAGCAAGCUUUGCCGGAUGGACGAGCAUCAAUGGCCCGCGGCCUCCGUGGCAAAGGCAUGCCAGGGCAAUGCUCACGAAGUGGAAACCAAGAGCUACCACCUGGGCAAGCACCUGGAGGGGGAGCUGGAUGCUGUCCUGCAGAUGGUGGACUCGAUCCUGAAGACCGAGCGGGCCGGCGGGCUGGACCGGCUGCUGCUUGCGGGGGUUCUCCUGUCCACCAAGUGGGCCCGGGACGUGUCCGCGAAUUUUGACAAGAGGCUGCUGUGUGAAAUGAUCGAUCUCUGCUCCUCGGACCAUCGAGCCCGGUCGCGCAUCGUGCAGAAUCUGGAAUUGCCGGGACCUGUCCGGAGGCAUGCCCUGGCCAUCUUGGGCGAAUCUCCCUGCCUGGCCUCGUGCAAACUCCAGGAGGCCGCUGGCAAUGUGAUUUUGCAUUGUCUCGGGGUCAUGGUUCACAGGGCUCUGGGGGAUGUCGAGCAUGCCCGGGCCGAGGGGGGCCUCCCUUCGCCGACGCAGCUGACCGCCUUUUCCCUGAAGCUGGCAGCCCUGUGCUCUUGGCUGGACCUGUAUUCGGUGCUUUCUGGGCGCCAGCUGUCGCUCCUCAUGCAGGCAUGCGCCUCGAGUGCGGGGCGGCAUGCAUUCCCCCAUAGCCAAUCGCCGCCGCGGCGCGAGGGCCAACUGCCUCUGACCCAGUCGGAGGUGGCGAAUGCCCUGUUGGAUGUGCUGCGCCAGACCUCGCUGUAAUUGGGGCAAGAAGAGGGGCGGGGAGGGCGUGCGUGAUUGGCCGCCUGCCUGGGGGCUGCCUCUUUGCUAGCCGCCCCUUUUCGUCUUCCUUUGGCCUGCCCCCCCCCCCUCCCCAUUCCGACUGGGCCCGUCCUGAGAGGGGGCGUGUUUGCCCCGGGGCUGGUCGCUUUUUUCCCUACCCUCCUCCGCCCUUUGUCGUAGGCUCCCGGUCUUCUUUUCUCCCCUCCCGCUGCAUGUGCCUUUCCUCGAACAAUACUAUGUUUGUUGGGUUUUCCC